AGGCGCUCAUGGAGAGCGCUGAAGCGAGAGACGGAUACAACAUAGCAGUCAAGGGCUGUGGCGAGGUGACAGAGAAAGCAGAAACGCAGGGCUGGCGAGUUUCAUUUUAAUAUGAUUACAAUUUACAAAACCGAAGCGGGCAACAUGCACAGACAAAAAGGUCCCGUGUAUAAACAUGUGUAGCCAGUUUCUAUAAAAUUAUAAAAUAAGGGGUAUGUUGCUUAACGCUGAAAAUAAAAAAAUAAAAAAACGGACAAUUCAAACGAAACUUACACAAACUGAAUAAAUUUUAAAUAUAUAUAUAUAUAACGAUUUGAGCUAUUUCUGUUAAGUUGUAAGCUAAUGGUUGACUGCAGAUUUUUUUUGUUUGUUUUUGUAUAGAACUGUAUGAUUUAAUAAAUAAAUAAAUAACGGAUUUGUUUCGGAAUAUUGACGUACCGUUACAUUGGCUAAGUGUAGGUUCUAAAUAGCCUAACUUUAUCUGCAGUAAUAUUUAAAAAUUGUUUGUCAUUUGUGGAAAAUAAGAACACUGACUUGUAAAUACGAAAUACACCUGCAGCUUUAAAAAAAAAAAAAAGUACAAAUAAAGUCUUUACACUAUUUUUCUUUAUUUUUGUAUAAAUACAUACUUUAUUUACAUUUCACUGUAAAUACAAUUCAUAACGGCAAGUUAGUUAAUGUGUUGAGAGAAGUAUUGUUUAAAGACUUGUCCGGAUAUUGGAGAAGACGGAAGAUUAUUCAGAAGAAAGUGAGACUGCCGACUAGCUACACUACUGAAGAUGAUCCUCUAAAAAUGAGAAAAGGAAAUUAUGCAGCAAGUUAGGGUAUAGAAUGAAACUGUCCCUCCCAAGCUGUCUUUGUGUCCGCCUCAUCUUCACGACUGAUGUCUGCAGCGUGAGGCAAUUGCACUGCUCACAGCAUUCCAAACUGCAGUGACUUGCAAAAUGGGCGAGGGAUGUGAGCUAUGUGCGAUACCACUACGACUACUAGUCGAGAUGAACAUGCUGAAAUGGAAAAUUUGGAGCAGAGGGACCUUCUGAAUAGCUGCACACCUGCAGAGCCCGAGCGUUCAUUCCAAAGGAAGACACACCAGCCAAGAUGGCUCAACUCUGGGGAGACACAGCUCAGCCAGCCGCAGCUCUGCUACCUUGAUGCUGGUGCUGCCAUGGGGGUUGAAGGCUGUGUCAGCUCGCCUGUCAGAACCAGACAACCCCCCUCGUGUUCCGCAGAGCUGUUUUCUAGUACCGGAUCCCAAGAGCCUGUUUCUGAGAUCCCAGUUUUAAAGCCGCGGCUGGAAGCUGGGGUCCCACUGUUAUUAAACGGGACGGCGUCAACGUAUAACAAGCCCCCCCAUGGAGUUGCAUUAUUAGAAAGAGACAAAAAUGACUGGCUGCUAAAACGGAGUCGGCCACUGGGUAAUGGGGAUGCAAAUUAUUGCCUGACAGUGAACGGGUCUGGGGACCCUGCUUGCCCCGACGGGAAAAGAAGACGUGUGGAAAGCGGAGAUGGUGAGCCAAGCUUGGAGAACAAGGACGUAGUGCCGAACAGCCAAAACCAUGUCAAUAAAAACAAUGUUAAUACAAUUAAAGAGGGGCAGGCAUCUGCAGCCCGGCGUUUGCCAUCAUCCGAUGCCAUGGUCCGGGCCUCCCCAGAACGCACUGCCCUGGACUACAUCGUCCCCUGCAUGAAGUGUUACGGUAUAUGCAUCAAAGACGGGUUUCUGGGAGAUGAGCUGGGCAGCCAAGUACUCCAGGAGGUCGAAGCCUUAAACCAGAGUGGCAAAUUCCAGAAUGGACAGUUAGUGAGCCAGCGGACUAUCCCCUCCCGAAAUAUCAGGGGUGACCAGAUCGUGUGGGUGGAGGGGAGAGAGUCAGGCUGCGAGAAUAUCCGCUUGCUGAUGGGGCGCAUUGAUGAGGUGGUCAUGUACAGCGCUAUGAAUGGCAGGCUUGGGGGAUGCGUGAUCAACGGCAGGACCAAGGCGAUGGUGGCGUGUUACCCGGGUAACGGGACUGGGUACGUGCGUCAUGUGGAUAACCCCAGUGGAGAUGGCCGCUGCAUCACCUGCAUUUACUAUCUCAACAAGAACUGGGACGUCAAGGUUCAUGGCGGGCUCCUCCAGAUUUUCCCAGAGAGUCGCACCGUGGUGGCGAAUAUCGAGCCCAUUUUCGACAGGCUCUUGAUCUUCUGGUCCGACCGGCGGAACCCUCACGAAGUCAAACCAGCGUACGCCACACGGUAUGCCAUUACAGUGUGGUACUUUGAUGCAAAGGAGCGGGCAGAAGCCAAAGAGAAGUACAGACUCGCUGCUGGACAGAAGGGGGUCCAAUUGCCUGUAACACAAAGUGGCUUGACCUAACAAAACCAGAGUGCCAGGGAGCCAGAGGGUGCUUGUUGCUGUGCUGCUAUUGGACGGAUUGGAGAGAGGCCCCUCCCAGCACAACCAAGAAGCCCCGCCCACCUCCAUCCAUUAGUCCAUUCAAUGGGGUUGUAUGGUUUGGGUGAUUGAUAAAGAGGUGAAUGUAGUAGGGGCCUACGUUGACCCCAAGAUGGGACAUGGGCAGGCGGAGAGAAUUAGUGCGAACCUGACACAAGGAAUGGAACAAGGAGUCUUGGCUGGUCAUAUUCUGUUGUAGGGCUGUCAGUUAAGCCUGCAAAUAGCAAUCGAUUAAUUGGGCACGUAAAACAUAAUCGUUCGAAAAAGUAUCGGUGAUUGUACUGCCCACAGAAAUGUCUAAUUUUCCAUAAUGUUUCCAUAAUGUUUUUGAAGUUAUGGAUGUAUACAUAACAUUUGAAUUUGUAUGUUUACAAAAGUGUUUAUUAAGUACAGCGUAUUGUACUUGUGUACAGUUGACAGUACUAAAAAUAUAUAAAAAUGAACACUGUUGUUAUUAAUGCGAUGUUUAGCGCA